AUGAGCAGUAGUAACUCCAUCACCCCCAAGGCUUUCGAACCUAAUGCCUCAAAACAAACGAUAAUAACACCUCUGAGACCAAUUAUUUUGACCUAUCAUUUUUUGCAUAAAGAACAAGAUAAAAAAGCAAACCACACAAUCUUUGUCUU